UGGGCUGGUCAGGCAGACCUUGUCCGGUGCCAUGGCGCAAGAUUUGGGCAAGCUGAAGGAAGGGGUGCAGCAGCUGGCUCAAGGCUUGAGUCAUUUGGACAGCUUGCAUGCGGAGAUGCUGCGUGUGAGCACGGGGCUGCGGGCUCAGCAACAGAGGAUCAUGGACCUCUUGCUCGCCCACACGGCAAAAGCCGAAUUCAGUGCUGAUAACUCAGAUGCAAUCGAUUUGGAUCCCACUCAGUCAAAGGCUCCCGAGGCCCAAGAGACUUCAGUUGAGGCCGCGUGGUGGGAAGUUCCCAUCAUUGAAGUUGAGGAUGAUUAUGCCCUGGAGCCUGCGGAAAAGGAGGUCUUGAGACAGAUCCAAGAGGUAGCCUUCGAGUCCCAAGCUGUCAGGUGCCACCUGACACAGCCUCACAGGAACGGCUCCUGCCGGAAAAUCGGGUCGAAAUGGGCAAUCGGCUUGCGAGACACCACAUGGCGCAAUUUGCCACAAUCAGAUCUGAUCAUGAUUCCGACGCUUGUCUUGAUAAGCCUCAGAUGGCUAGCUUGGAAGAGCUUGGAAGACAGAUCUUGAGCGACCUGGAGCGUAUUCCUGACCAGGAAUGGCGAAACACAUCCAGGAAGAAUGUGAGACCGUCAGGUCAGAAGGAUAGCUUCCAAAAGUCAGUAGGACUUGUCAGCAGCGCCCACUGGCGCGGAAUACCAAUGCCAUCUGCGGACACGUACCGCUUUCGCAGACUGACCUUCAAUCUUGUUGAGUAUGGAAAGCGGCUUGCGCACGAAAGUGGCUUUGAGGAUUCACAGCCACUUCGAUCCAGUUGACAAAGGACAUGCAAUCAAAGCCGCACACAGACAGGUCCAACAGAGGCGACAGCUUCAUUGUAGGGGCUGGCAACUACAACGGAGGAGAGACAUUCAUCCAGGCUGCAAACGGGCCUGACACCUAUCAGCUCACCGAGGACAUCGAUGGAGUUGGAAGUUGCGGUGACGUGCUUCGGGGCAAGAACUUGGACAUCCACAACCGGCUCCAUCGAUUCAAUGGCAGCCAGAUCCACUGCACCACAGAGUUUCGCGGCAGGCGCUAUGCCAUUGUAUUUUUCAGUUGGGGGAAAUCCUAUGAGCAGACGCCGGCUUUGGCCAGAGCGUUUCUGCAAAAGCUUGGCUUCCCUUUGCCGCCUGCAGACUUCCAGGAGGAGCUGGACGAAGCCUGUCUAGCGCUGGCGCAUCAAGCCACCGCCGGCCUGCCCGUGGCCGAUGAGCCCGGCCGGCAUGCGCCGCCCGGAGCGAGGCACCGAGCCAAGCGGGGCCGCGAGGCGGAAGGCGCGGCGGAAGGCGCGGCGGAAGGCGCGGCGGAAGGCGCGG